AGUGUGAAGGGAGUUGUACUCCAGUCUAGUAGGUGGCGGUAAUGCAACAAAUUGGAUGCCAACCACCGUUAAACCUCAUAGAAGAAGAAUUUUCACAGCGCGAGAGUGUUGUAACUAAAAUGGCGGCGCGGUGGGGAGCAGGCGAUGAAAUUUUAGCUGCCUGCAACAUGGAAUUUUUCUCAACAAAUACUCUAGACGAGGUGGUGAAUCUCCAUMGGGGCCUGUCCAGUGAAAGCGUGGCCAGACUGGAGCUGGAGACAGGAGAGGCUCUGGAGGCCCUCCACUGCUGUCUGGACCCCUCCAUACUGUCCAUCUUUGAGGACACACCCUCAGGAGAGAAUAAAUUUGGACUUGAUGAGGUGAACCAGGCUACGCUGCUCACAGCUUUGACGGAGAUCCUGGAUAACGUGGACAAUGAGAACCUUUCCCACUUUGACACACUGCCAGACUCGGACCUACUGUCUGGCCAGAAAUAUCGGGAACACUCUCCGCUGAGGAGACUGCUGUGCUUGUCCCGCUCGCCUCCAGAGAGAGAGACACUCUGCAACACACGACAGUUCUCCACAGGAAAGAGUCUCCCCAGGACACAGAAGUCUGUCCAGAGGAGUGACGGAGAGGAGGAAGAGGAUGGAGAGCAAGAUCUCCUGAACUGGGAUGGCCUGAAUCUGCCUCUCCCGCUGGCUCUGGAGCAGCACAUGGAGGAAGAGGGCGAGGAUGGAGAGAGCAUGUCAGUGAGUCUAGGAGAGCUGGUCAGACACAUGCACCCUUACUGCAUGGCCGUGUGCAUGGAGAAUGGGGAAGGGGAAGAACAGAUGCUGGCAGAGAAAAGGAUACUGCUGGAGGUGGUGGACCAGGGAGUGCAUCGAGAAUCUAUAUUUGCCCUCCCAGAUAUGGGCCUCUCCCUCUGUCAUCCCUCUUUCUCCUUGCCUGGAGUAGAAGACUCAUCCGAAGCGGAGCAGAGGGUUCCAGAUGAAGUUUUGGAGGCCGCCAUUUUGGAGACACAAGAGUCUGCGAAUGAUGAUGUCGUAAUUGGGGAUGACCCAGCAGAGGUGGCUGGCCCUUCUGACCCCGCGGUGACCCUGAGGUCAGAGGCAAGGGGUGAGAAGGUCAUCAACAGGAGACCAAAGGAGGAGACUGCAGAGAGAUGUCCGUCUCGAAGGAAAAGGAAACGGAAAAACAAAAUGGAGAAUUCACCUCCCGAAGUCACACCUGAACCUGACCAGGCAGAGAGGAGGGUCCUGAGGAGAGCAGCCCAGGAAUCCUCGCCCUGCGAGCCUGUCAAGGAGAUAGCCAAACCGAAGAAAAAGGACAAUAACAAGUCGUUAACUUCCGCCAUUUCUACGGCCGCCCCCGAGGCGCCAAAACACAAGACGAGAGCGACACAUACCGCCGAAAAACAUGUGGAAGUCACCACCCUAGUACUUCCCAAACAACCCAGCAUUAAGGUCAUGCCCGCCUCUGACCUGUUGCCAAUGACUAUGACCCCCGAGAAGGUCUCCCAACCAACCACAGCCUGCGGGAAGCCUCAAGGCCCCCCAGCUUCUACAGCUAACCCAACUGCCCACCAGUUGAUGGAAGCCCCCCAGUCAAUGACAAUCAACCUUCCCAGUGCCAACCCUGUAUCAGUGGCCCCUCAGCCAACGAUGCAGCCCAACAUUGCCCCUCUAGUGGCCCACCAGGCGAUCCCCCCUCAGGCUAUUGAACCCAAACCCAAGCCCCUGUCCCUCCAGCAGUACCGGCUGCUGCGCCAGCAGAAGAAACUUGCCCCCCUAGAGAGACUGGAGGACCAGAGCGUCAAGUGGCCCAUCCUCCUUGAGGCCCCUACAGAGCUGCCCCCCAUCCCCUGCCUCCCCACCCCCUCCUCCAGAGGCCCCCACCCCUCCCCGGGGAAGAAUGAGGUGGAUGAAGUGAAAGCAGCCUGGCAGCCCAUGGGACCAGGAGCACCUCCUACACCUGAAGCCCUGCUGGUGCCUCCUGCUUACAUGCAGGCCUCCAAGUCAUAUUCCUCUAGCAAAGUUGCUAUUGAAAAUGCGGCCCUUACCACCCCUCCCCAGCAAGCGGCUAUUCCUACUCCACAGUCAUCUAAAGCUAGCCAACUCCAGCCCCUAAUCUCCGCUAUGCCUGCAUCCAGUACUGUGAAGGUGAUACCAUCCCAAACCCCCUCUACCAAGGCCCAGACCCUUUCUGUGAAGUGUUGUAUACCCCAGGCCCCCCAGCCUGCACUCUCAAACCCCCUGCGCCAGUCUCAGCUACCCUCCUUGAAGCCUGUGGCCCUUAUCAAAUCUCAGAGCUCCAGUGGAGCCUCUUCUAAAACCACUACAGAUGCCCACAGGUCCACCUUAAUUGCUCCUAUACCCCAAAAACCCACCCCCGUCGCUACUAUUGUACCCAAGAGAACUUUAAACCCCAACACUGCUGCUGUUUGUGUACAGAAACCUACCCCUGCUGCUGCUCUGAAGGUGUCUACUAAUCUCCAGAAGGGAGUAGUUGCUAUGCCCCAGCCUAGGGUGCCUGAGCUACCUACCAUCACUCCUGUGUCUACCCUAGCCAAGCCCUCCAACGCCCAGGCCUUCAAACCUCCAGUGAUGUGUUCUCCAGCCCAGGAGGCCCCCAAAGCCAGGAGUCCUACUCAGGAGCUGAUGGAGGCCUUCACCAGUGAAAUCGGUAUUGAAGCUGCAGACCUCACCAGCCUGCUGGAGCAGUUUGAAGAGACACAAGCUAAAGAGGAGCAGUGUGUUCUGGAGGUCUCUGGUAGAGCAGCAGCUGUAGGAAACUCUAGUGUGGCGCAACCAUGUGAUAGGACCCCUGUGGAGAGAGUCCGAGCGCAUGAGCUGACCAGCACUGCAGAUCUGACUCCUCCAGCUACCCCUCCUCACCAGAUGUGGAAGCCCCUGGUCCCAAUUGCCCUCCUUGGUAAGAGCCGAGCCACUGAGGCCCCCAAACCAUCACCCUCCAAGGCCAUCCAGAUCGACGCGCAUCCCCUGCACUCCAACAAGCUUCGGAGCAAGACCUCUAGCCCCCCUAUAACUCCCACCCCCAAUCCAGUGUCUCUCACCCUGGCCUUUUCAGACCACGACUACUCCCUCCUUCAGAAGGAACACAUGGCUAUUGCAAGAGAGCCAGGCAAGCGCUGGAAUGUCAAACAGCAAGCAGCCAUCACCAUUGAGCCACUUGGCAGCAACACUACCUGGGUACCCCAGAGGAUCCCUGCCCCCUCCCUCCAAACCCUCACAACUGCCCUGGGUACGAAGAACCAUCAGGCCCCCCUAGUUCCCCAGCCCCUGGAUGUAAAGACUGACAGGACUAGCUCUGUGCUGGAGACCCCUGAUGCCUCUCCCACCAGGCUGAUGGACCAGGCUGGUCCCCUGGAGAGGAGUCCCAAGAAAGGGAGGUCUUACCGAAGUUACAAUAAUACCUUCUCCCACAGGCCUAGCCCAAGCCCCAGGCGAGGAAGGAAGAGGAAAAGGAGUAUCCACCGUUCCUCCAGCCCUGACUUUACUGACUCGGAGUCGGACUCCUCUUCUCAGUCUAGAUCUCGCUCUCUACCCAGGAAGAGGUACAGGCCUCGUCACUCUGAUAGUAGCUUCAGUGCCUCCUCUUGCUCCUCCUCUUGCUCCUCCUCUUGCUCCUCCUCUUGCUCCUCCUCUUGCUCCUCCUCUUGCUCCUCCUCUUGCUCCUCCUCUUGCUCCUCCUCUCGUUCCUCCUCUCCUUCCCUGGCCUGCUUUCCAAGGCGGCGGCGAUAUUCCUACUCCUCUUCCCGAUCAGGAUCAUGGAGUAGGUCCCGUUCCCGCUCUCCCCACAGAUGGGCGUGGAGUAGAUGCAGCAGACAACGCAGCCCGUCUUUCAGACCAGGCUACCGGCCUGAAUCUAGAGAAAACAGUGAGGUGGGGAAGAGACUCACAGAUAAAGCCAUUGAGGAGCGUAGGGUUGUUUACGUAGGGCGAAUCCGAGAGACAAUGACUCAUAAAGAGCUGAAGGAACGCUUCUCUCUGUACGGAGAAAUUGAGGAGUGCACUUUACAUUUCAGAGGCCAUGGGGAUAACUAUGGGUUUGUGACCUACUACGAUACGAAGGAUGCAUUCACGGCCAUCGAGAACGGCAGCAAGCUCCGCAAGCCUGACGAACUCCCCUUUGACCUCUGCUUCGGAGGAAGGAGACAGUUCUGCAAGACGAGCUACGCUGAUCUAGAUUCUAACCGCGAGUAUGACCCGUCGGCACCCGUGACUGGCAAGUUUGAUGCCCUUGACUUUGACACUUUACUGAAGCAGGCCCAGAAGAGUCUGAAGAGGUAACAGAGGUCAGCCCACUGGGGGCUCCACACAAAGACUUACCUCAGAGCCGUUGGCAGGCUCCUCCCACUAUCAUCGCUGGCUUCGCCUUGACCGAGGGGUGGACCACAACGCACGGUCGAUACAUUAGCCAGCUAACAUUAAUUUACAUGCAGAUAUAGCUCUUUUCUGGUUCAUACAAGACCGUUUUAAGGCUGCAAUCAGAAAUUAUAGAGUAAUAGAACCUUUACAUCUUGGUUUAAGGCAUAUUUCUAUUCAAGAGUCAAAUGUAAUCAAUGUCAUUGAUUGAAGCAAUAUAUCAGAAUCAUUAUUCAGAAACUGUUGAAUUGAGGAAGUCUGCCUUUUUUAAUAUGGAUUGUUUGUGUGAAGUCAUUUAUGCCAUGUUCACUUCAAGCCUGUCUAUCUUUGAACUCUGAAAUGCUAUUUUUGAAUUUUUWGACAUGUUAGCUGUAUAACACUUUACUUUUUUGUGAUAUACAAUUCGGAAAGUAUUCAGACCCCUUGACUUUUUCCACAUUUUACCUUACAACCUUAUUCUAAAAUGGGUAUAAAA